AUGGAUGAUACCAACAGCGAGUCUUCUACACCCACCUCCCCCCCUACAGUCGCCUCAAUACUCGGUGUAAAGGGGGCAUUGCGUUUUCGACGCCAUGGAGCCAGUCAAAAGGCUCACGUUGUCUUGCGACGCGUCGACGUCUCCGAUGACUCAAAUAUUGCAGACGGUAAACCAUCGGUCGCCUAUUUCAGCCUCUUUGCACAGAAGCGGAUCGAGGUAAAACCC